AUGGGCUACCUUAGCGGAGUAAUAGCGGGAACUGCUUCGUACAGCAAAACUUUGAUUCUCGAUUCGUCUUACGAUCGGUGGAAAUUUAUCGUUCACUACAUCGAUUGUCGAGAAUAUCGCCAGAACGGGACUAUAUACGAUUUGGGCCUUUUUGAAUACAUAAACGGAGUUAGUUUUGGUACCGCAACCCACAAUAAACUCCUAUUAUGCGACUCAAGCUCGAAUAUCGGAGGCCUAAGUUCGGUAGCGGCUACUACUCUGACCUGCACGAACUUGCGCCAGGACUCGACGUAUUAUGACCUAUCAAGCUUUUUAACAUCUAUUCCGACUUCCCUCUCGCUCAAUAAUCUGUCAACGAGUGGAAAUAUCAGCUGCUUCGGCGUUAUCAAUGGGUUUUUAGCUGGAUUGGACUUUCUUGAUGGUUCUUACACACGAAUGAUGACUCUAACCGGCGAACGCGUCAUGGAUCGGGAACAUCACAAACAACGACCUCAAAUUUGGGGUCAAUAA